UUGAUAUCUGCACACACAGAGACCACAUCGUGAUGGAAUUCACUGGAGGAGACAUUUACCAGAAUGCAUUUGAUCCCAAAGUUUAUCUGGAAUAUUUUCAUUUUGGAAAAGGGUCGGUAGAAGAUGAAUUCCUGGAGUUUAUUUUGAAAUGCUUUUGCAAAAUCUUUACUUCAGGGGUGCUGAAAGGGGGCACCCUAAUCGAUAUUGGCAGUGGCCCCACCAUCUACCAGCUGCUCCCAGCCUGUGGGUCCUUCGGGGACAUCAUAGCCACCGAUUAUCUGGACCAGAACUGCCAGGAAAUUACAAAAUGGCUGAAGAAGGAGCCGGAGGCUUUUGACUGGUCCUCGGUGGUGCAGUAUGUGUGCCAGCUGGAGGGAAACAGGGAGACAUGUGCAGAGAAGGAGGCCAAGCUGCGAAGAAGCAUCAAGCAGGUCCUCAGAUGUGAUGUCCACCAAAGCAACCCACUGGCUCCCAUUUCUCUGGCCCAGGCUGACUGCCUUCUGUCCACCGAGUGCCUGGAAUCGGCCUGCAAAGACCAGCCGAGUUUCCAGGCCGCCUUGAAGAAUCUCAGUUCUCUGCUGAAACUCGGGGGACACUUGGUGCUCGGUGGGGUUUUAGGGUGCACGUUCUACAGGGUAGGCCCUCAUAAGUUCUCCAGUAUGCUCUUCACGGAGGACAUGCUGAAAAACGGCCUGAGUGCCGCUGGGUUUGCCAUUGUAGAAUUCAAUGUGGAGCCCAGAGUUUUUAAGACCAAUAUGGAGGACUGUGAUUUCUCUGGAAAGUAUGUCAUUCUUGCCCGCAAGGACAAAGAAGUGUAAACCUUGGUGGCUUUAUUGUAUCCUAAAAGCCACAGCAUCACUUUGGAUCUGGAAUGUGCUUGUUCCAAGCCCGUCUCUACUGCGGUCUCGUCUCCGUUUUAGCUUUCUAAGUGUCACAUGAAGGCCAUGAUAAGCCAGCUUAUAGGCCAGUUGUGAGGUCACACCCUCAAUAAAGAUGGAAGAAGUUAAAAUAAAGCACUUUCUAAAACAA